UGCGCUGACAGAAAGCCUGCCUUCCGAAUCACGCAUGCGCAGUAGCAUAAUACCGGCGGACUCUUCAGAUCAGUGGCCCGAACGACGAGGGGAUAAACCGAGACCGUUUUUACAGGCUGCACCAUGAGUCAAGGAAAGGACAACGCACGACUCCGAAGCUAUAAGAACAAAUCGCUUAACACAGACGAGAUGAGGAGGAGGAGGGAGGAGGAAGGCCUGCAGCUACGCAAACAGAAGAAAGAUGAACAGCUGUUCAAACGAAGGAAUGUGGCCACAGUGGAGGAAGACUGCACACUGGAGGAUGAUGGGAUGUCAGACAGCGGCUACCUGGAAUCCCAGGCCAAUAACAUGGAACAAAUCACGGGUGGUGUUAUAUCUGAGGACAUGACCCAGAUGAUCUUCUCCAGCUCUCCAGAACAGCAGCUUAUGGGAACACAACGCUUCAGAAAGCUUUUGUCUAAAGAGCCCAACCCCCCUAUUGAUGAAGUUAUUGCCACACCUGGUGUAGUGGAGCGCUUUGUGGAGUUCCUGAAGAGGAAGGAGAACUGCACACUACAGUUUGAAGCAGCGUGGGUCUUGACAAACAUCGCCUCUGGCACAUCUCACCAGACGCGCGUGGUGAUCCAGGCUGGUGCUGUGCCCAUCUUCAUAGAGAUGCUCAGCUCUGACUUUGAGGAUGUCCAGGAGCAGGCGGUGUGGGCGUUAGGGAACAUUGCAGGAGACAGCACAGAGUGCAGAGACUAUGUGUUGGAUUGCAACAUCCUUCCCUCACUUAUACAGCUCUUGACCAAACAGAAUCGCUUGACUAUGAUGAGAAACGCAGUGUGGGCUCUGUCUAACCUGUGCAGAGGCAAGAACCCACCUCCAGAUUUCACCAAGGUGUCACCGUGCCUCAGCGUGCUCUCCUGGCUGCUCUUUGUGAAUGAUACAGACAUUCUGGCUGAUGCAUGCUGGGCACUCUCCUACCUGUCUGACGGACCCAAUGAAAAGAUCCAAGCUGUUAUAGACUCAGGCGUGUGCCGCAGACUGGUGGAGCUGCUACUACAUUCGGAUUAUAAGGUUGUCUCUCCUGCGCUUCGGGCUGUGGGGAACAUCGUCACAGGAGAUGACGUCCAGACACAGGUGAUCCUGAACUGCUCUGCCCUUCAGAGUCUCCUUCACCUGCUAUGUAGCCCUAAGGAGUCCAUUAAGAAAGAAGCCUGUUGGACAAUCUCCAAUAUUACUGCUGGUAACCGGGCACAGAUACAGAUGGUGAUAGACGCAGGUUUGCUUCCUCCUCUUAUCACUAUCCUUCAGGUGGCUGAGUUCCGGACGAGGAAGGAGGCGGCGUGGGCCAUCACCAACGCCACGUCUGGGGGCUCUGCUGAGCAGAUCAGGCAUCUGGUGGAGCUAGGUUGCAUCAAGCCUCUCUGCGACCUUCUGACCCUGAUGGACUCCAAGAUUGUGCAGGUGGCACUGAAUGGCCUGGAGAACAUCCUCAGACUGGGUGAGCUGGAGGCCAAGCGAGGAGGAGGAAUCAACCCGUACUGUGCUCUCAUCGAGGAAGCAUACGGUCUGGAUAAGCUGGAGUUCCUGCAGGGCCACGAGAACCAGGAGAUCUACCAGAAGGCUUUCGACCUGAUCGAGCGCUACUUCAGCCCCGAGGACGAGGAUCCAGCCCUGGCCCCCGCCGUCGACCUGCAGCAGCAGCAGUUCCUUUUCCAGCAGUGCGAGGCUCCUAUGGAGGGCUUCCAGCUCUGAGUGCCAGAAAAGCCACAGCGGAGAGAGUUAUUAAUAUCUAUAAUGAUUAGAAAGAGUGUGACGUUGCAAGAGCCUGUGUUGCUGGUCGACUUCCUUAACCUUUACCUUUCCUGCUCCCUUCACACCUGCUGUCACUGGUUUUGAAGAACGGCUUCAGGAAAAAAGAACCAGACUGAUCCAAAAAAUUUUCACCAGAGCAGCUCUGGAACUCUUGAAAGACUCCCAUAUUGCCCACGCAUUAAUUCCCACCACCGAACCCAAAAAAAGAUCCCCCGUCCAAUAUAAACAAGCAUCAAGACUACACGCUGCAUCCGGCUGAGAGUCGAUUAGAAGCUGGGUAUUGACUGCUUGUACGUAUGACCUUGCUGCAAUACGGACGUCUUGAGACGGACGGCCUGUACGCGAUUCUUUUUCAUUAGUUCAGAAACACUGGACUGACCGUGUGACUGUGGGAGCGCCUGGAAGUGCGCAUACAAAACAAACAAACAAACAAACAAAAAAACAGAGAGGCACAACUUGGCCAGUCUGCCCUGAAGACUGAAAAGACUUCAGCACUUUUCUCUAUUCAUUAGACCCGGACUGCAUACAAAAAGGCAACUCUUGCUGACGGACAGAGACAGGAGUCCAGACUGUAUGUGACUGACUGUGUGCCACUUAACUGAAUAUCGAACUUAUUUACUUUCAUUCUCAUGCAUUCCUACGACGACUGUGCAGGCUCCUUACAUUUGCACCUUCUGGGAGUUGGAAUCUCCCUGCGCACUGAGACAAAGACGAACUUUUUUUUUUUUUUCCCUCGAGCCUGUGCGCCAGACUCUUCGGACUUAAGAGGACAAUUCCAUACGAUUAUCAUCCUGUAUCAUCAGCAGCACUUUAUGUUCAGGACACAAAUCCUUUGGUUCGAAUGGAAAUCAUUAUUCUUUCCAUGCAGUACCUGGCUCUCCGCUCCUCAGGAAAUGAGACGAGAAAAGUGCGCCUCGGUGCACGCCCCAGAUCGCAGGACGUUCUUUUACAGAACUAAACACACUAAAUUUUGGAGUGAAAUCUCAUGGCUGAUGAGCUUUGCCCUUCUGAAGCUUCCUCCACUACUCGGACUCUUGAUGACAUUUAAUGAGCUGAAAUCUUAGCUUCCCAGUGUGUGACACACACAUACACACACUUUAACAUGACUGAUAUUGCUUAUCACAGACCCAUGUUCAGAUGACCCCCAUAUAGUAUCAUCAUUAACUAGAGCGACAUGAGAAAGAAAAAAAAAAAACAUUUCUUCAUGUCUCAUUUUGGGGGUGGAAUCUGUUAGUACCGACUGUGCCAUAAUCCUUAUGUGAAAUUAAGAUUUACAACCCAGCAGCAAUUUAAGUAAGGCAUAACCAUGCAGAAAUGAAUCCAAAUUGAGCUUGAAGCAUACUGGUGAUUUUGUUUGCUCAAACGCUGCAAGAUUGUUUACUAGAUUUUUUUUUUUUUUUUUAAAUGUCAGAUUCUCCCAUUGAGAGAUGACCAGCUCUUCAUUUUCAAUACUGCUGUUGUAUUGAGAUUGUGUAACUGUUCUCUGUUAAGCCAUUUGCAUAAAUGCUGUUUCAUGA